GGUUGGCAGUCUACUCAGAGGAGGAAAGUUGUUUAUUCAAUUAAUAAAAUACCUGCCUGUCAGAACUGAGUUAAGACUUUCUGUGCAGGAGGGACAACAAAUACAGGCUUCAAGCUGUUCAGUGGUAGCUAGGGAAUUAGAAAAACUAAAACCAUGACGUGUAGGGGCCAAAGAGUGUAGGGGCCAGUGGAGAGAGGAGCUGGGGGAGCUCUGUCUGAAGAGUGCAGGGACCGGGGGAGAGAAAAGCCAGGUGACAAAAGUUUUGAGGGAAAGCUGCCUGUCUUCACUGCCACCAAGAUGAGGAAGGCAGUCUAGAGGAACAACUGAUGUAUAUCUGAUGUUGUUUUAAACAUAAAACUUGAAGGCAAGCCAAAGUCUGGACUUGAGCAACCACCACUGGCUAUUACAAGACUCUGAAUCAUUCAAACAGAAAAUCUCAAGAGCGAACUUGAACUGGAGUCUGGUACACGAAAGCAGCAGCAGGGUGUGUAGGGAAUGGGGUUUCAUGACGAAAGAGUCCCGGUGAAGCCCCCCGAUGGUGGCUGGGGCUGGAUGGUGCUGCUCAGCUGCUUUGUCAUCACUGGGUUCUCCUACGCUUUCCCCAAGGCCGUCAGCGUCUACUUCAAGGAACUGAUGAAAGACUUUGAAGUGGGCUACAGCGACACCGCCUGGAUCUCCUCCAUCAUGCUGGCGAUGCUUUACGGGACAGGUCCAGUCUCCAGUAUCCUGGUGAACAAGUUUGGCUGUCGUCCUGUCAUGCUGAUUGGAGGUCUGCUGGCUUCAGCGGGGAUGGUCCUCGCCUCUUUCACCACCAGCAUCCUAGAACUGUACCUGACUGCUGGAGUGGUGACUGGUCUGGGUCUAGCCCUGAACUUCCAGCCCUCUCUGAUCAUGCUGAGCAGCUACUUCGAUAAGCGGCGUCCCCUAGCCAAUGGCCUUGCUGCCGCAGGGAGCCCGGUCUUUCUCUCGGCCCUGUCUCCUCUGGGUCAGGUCUUGCAGGACCGGUUUGGUUGGAGGGGGGGCUUCCUUAUUAUGGGGGGGCUGCUGCUGAACUGCUGCACCUGCGGGGCCAUAAUGAGACCUCUGGUGUCCAGGAGACGAGUUCCGGCUUCAGGUCCAUCCAGGGAUCCGUGGGAGCUGAGGGAGAUGCUUCCCAUGAAAGAGGGGAGAAUGGCAGAGGAAGAGAAGGGGGGAAAGAACAAGGUCAAGAAGCAGAAGAAGAAGUUGUUGGAUUUCAGCGUCUUCCGCAACCGAGUGUUCGUGAUAUACACUGUAGCAAAGUUCAUCACCGUCUUAGGACUGUUCGUACCCACAAUACUCUUGGUGAACUACGCCAAGGAUAUCGGGGUCCCCGACCGUGAGGCUGCCUUCCUGUUGUCCAUCAUUGGGUUCAUCGAUAUCUUUGCCCGGCCCACCUGCGGGGUCAUUGCUGGCCUGAAGUGGGUCAGACCCAAGGUUGCUUACUUCUUCAGUUUUGCUCUGCUCUUUAAUGGGCUCACCGAUGUUUGUUCAGCCAAGGUAUCGAGCUACACAGGGCUGGUGGUGUUCUGCGUGUUCUUCGGGGUCUCCUACGGCAUGAUUGGGGCCCUGCAGUUCGAGGUCCUCAUGGGGAUCGUCGGGUCUCAGAAGUUCUCCAGCGCUCUGGGAUUGUUGCUCCUGAUAGAGGCGCUUGCGGUACUGAUUGGGCCUCCCUCUGCAGGACGCCUGGUAGAUGCCUUUAAGAACUACGAGCUGAUUUUCUACAUGGCCGGGUCGGAGUUGAUAACUGCCGCUGUCUUCCUGUGUGUGGCUUCCUUUUGCUUCAUUAGUCGGGAUCAGCACAUGGCAGAUCCGCCUCCAGGGGUGGGAACAGAUGGUGAGGCAGCGUACCCAUUGGGUGACUCAUCGAAUCCUCGCCCUGCCAAAAGCGAUGCUCAGAUGAUGGAUGUGGGCGAGGCUUUGCGGGAAGAGGAAAUGCAGCUGAAUCCGGAUCACAAAGUGGAGAGGGAGAGUUUUUAGAAAAACAAACUGGUCUUCACUGUUCAGUCAUUUUCAACAUGAAUUAGAAAUCAAAUAUGAUUAUUGUAUUAAAAGAGAGAGCAGAAAAAUGGCAUGUGCUUCACUGAUAUCGUUUUAGUAAUUUAAGGUUCAUUUUUAGAAAUAUGUCCUUGUGUUGCUUAAUAGUUUAGGCUAAGUGCUUUUAAUGUUAGCCUUUAAGUGAAAUUCGGGGGGUGGUAGCUGGGCAGAUUAAUUAAUUAACAUCUGUCAUCAUUACCUCCUAUUUAAACCCCAAUCUCACACUCCUUCUAGUGUCUAGUGUUUUGCUUUCUUGCAUACACUGCAACAUGUUCUUUGAGCAAAAUUUUAAACUCUUAAUUUUCAGCAUGAACCAACUCCAGUUCAGAUCAGGAAAACUCUCUGACCAGAUUCAUUUCUCUGAUGGAAACUCAGUACUGACUACUUCUAUUGCAGACUUCUCCCAGCAACCAGACCUGCUGUCCUGGCACUACAGAGAUCAAAACACCCCAGCAGUAGGCUCAGCUUUCAGAGCAGCUAUUUUAGAAGGAUUGGCCACCCGCCUAACUUUUAAAAACCCUGCACGACAACAAUCCUGAAUCCGGGAUCGAAGCGAUGGUAUGGCGUUGUUCAAUAUUUAGUAUACCUUUUAUAUCUGCUACACCAUGCUGUCUGAUACUCGAGCGCACUUCCGCUAACUCGCUCACCCAGACGUUCAGGACAGGCGACCGCCCCGCCCUCCUCUCCAGUCAUGCUCGCUCGUCUUCUCUCCAGUCAUGCUCGCUCUUCUUCUCCCAGCACAGCAACCAGGAGAGCAGCCGAAACAAAUCCCACCCUUCAGCUUUAAAGAACAUUUUUGAGGACAUGAAGUCCCUCAUUCACCCCUUUGCUGACUAAAUGUAUACAUGGUGCAACGAUGUGGAAACAGGUUGUUUCCAACGCAGCAGCAAUCUCUAUUAAGCCCAGUAUUCACCACUCCAGUCAUAGCCGCCUCUCGGUUCAGCACUUCCGGUCCCCACAGCUGCCGUUCCCAAUUACAGGUCCCCCAAUGGUCCACAGCACAGGGCUGUAGUUAGAAAUCAAGUCCAGCGACCACUUAUGGCUUCUACUUUUGAAAUAUUAAGGGCUAAAUUCUCAAAGUGAUUUUCCAGCUCAUUUUAAUUUAUUUUCUGAAAGAGAACGUUUUCAAGUACAGUUCUAAUUUAAGACUGCUUGCAAGUAUUAAAAAAAAUGUCAGAGUUGUUGUUUUUGUCAAGUUUAUUUUGGAACCAGGUUUCCCACUGCUAUUUGUACUGCAUUUCCCAUCCUGUACACUUCCAGUUUCACUGCUACUGAAUAAAGAUGUAUUUGCAUAACGUAGCAUCGCAUAUUCGCAAUAACUUACAUUCGGAAACAUUAAUUUUUAUUAAAAAUAAAAGGGGACCUGAUAUCCUUACUGGGCCAUUUCAAUUAUACACUUUGCAUCACCCCGCAGGGUAAAACCUUCAUUUCACAUCUCCUCACUCCUUUUUUACAGCAACAAGCCAGGAAGCUCAAAAAAUCAGUAUAAUCCAGGAAGGACAUCAAAAGGUGUGCAUUAUUAAUUCAAAACUGGGACGGGCUUUCACUAUUCUAUGAAUACAGCAGCUCAGCCCCCCGUGACUCGUCUCUUUUCACAGACGCCUCAUUUCUAGGAUUCAGGGGUUUCAUGAAUCACCAAAUUCCGCACGCUCAUCUCAGCAGCAGCUCCAGUCCCAUUGCAGGCGUUCCACCCACAGGGCUGUCUUGCACCACAGGUUGUAACUGCUAUCAGUCUUCUGUGCUCAGAACUGGAUUCUUCCUAUCCGUUCAAUCAAGACUGGAUCCCUUGCUUUCAUCGUUCUCAUUUAGCCUCUAUUAGGCACCACGCUCUCUCCAAACAUUCAGAAGCAAGAAAUAGAAGAUAUCCGUUUCCACCAACUGGAAACAGUUUAAACAGUAACAUUCAGGUCUUUUACCAAAUAAAUAAUCAACGGUAAAGAUAUCACUGUUACACUCAAGUAAUGCAACAUUAAGUUCCACACCGCCGUCAAGAGCCAGAUCACUGUUUAUUCUACAUUAUCAAGCUCUGUUAGAUACGGGGGUACUAUGUUCUAUGAGUACUAUAAAACAUUCUCCGCUAAAGCCGCCACCAUCUCGGCAGCAGAUUCAGUCCUCUUUAACCACAUUUUCAGCGGCAUGCGAGCCAACGCCUGCGGACUGCACAUUCACAGCCCAUUCUACCUCCCUCAGUCAAAAUAUAAUCGCGACACAGCCUCAGAGCAUUUAGGAUAAAUAUUCCAAUCGUGAGGGCUUUUAACCCUUUGCAGUCCAUUUAUACAACGUUUGACAGAUCACUCGUUUUAUCACCAAACUCCUCAAUAAUGCG